AAUCCAGCGGCUCGUCCCACGGCCCGAGUCCCCCGACCGCAAUCAUCACGAAGCCCGAUUUCAGGCCCGAGACCGCGCAGCAGCUCUCGCUCGACUGCCGCCGAACUGACAGCCUGUGUGGAUCCUCGUAGACGUCCGAAGCCCCUGACCGGGCCCGCAAUAAUCCGCGCCCACCUCGGAAAUUCCGAGGACUGGCGACGAGCGAGCGUGCCUCAUGGCGGCCGCCUUGCGCCAAGAUUUGGUCGACGGGGUGAAGACGAGAAUACCCUUGUGGGUCUUGAACGAGCUCCUGUCGACCCUCCCGAAAUUCGCGAGGCUCGAGCAGCCGCCGACGACGUAAACCUCGAACCUUCCUUUCAAGGCGUGAGAAUCGAUGCGGUGCCACCUGUCGAGGGAGACGUCGAGAGCGUGUAUCUCUCCCGAGCAGUAGCCGUCGCGGACGAAACCGAAGAGGAACAGCCACGGGGUUCGGUGGGGGCCUUCUCUCCGGGCCUGCAUGAAGCGAGCGGACGAGGUGAGUGCCCGCCAUUUUCGGCAGACGAGACGGGCAGUCAUGAGGCUGGAGAUGGGGAGACGAACGAGACACAUCUCGAGGAUAUCGUCUGGAAGGCGCGAGUUCAUGUUAGUGGGCCCACCGCCGGGAAGGACGAGACGUUUGUGGGAGCCACGCCGGAAGAGUUUUUCGCGCACGGCGUGGGAGAAGCAGUCGAUGUUUGUCCCAUCUUUUGUGGGUUUUUUCCUGUCCUCGCUGGCGCUUGA